AACUUGUGACCCGGACGUACUUAGGUCUUCUUGCCUGCUUCGCAGCGGUCAACAAAGCUAUUCUUUCAACCACCUCAGUAGCUUGAUAGCCAACAAUAAACCGAAACAUUGACGGUCAUAGGCCAUUUUUGUGAACAUUAACUAAUCUUAGUGUUUUAAACACGCGUCUGUUUACGUAUCUACUGGUUAAGUUUGACCUAAUUUGCUCAAUACAUUUGCAAACCUGUUAAGAUUGAUACUGAGCCUAGCACUAGGAUAGUCGCUAAUGCUAAAUAGCUAGCUAAUAUCUCCGACCAUGAGCUCAUUAAAUUAUUCCCCCUCUACUAAAGAAGAUGAGGUUUGUUGCACGGAGACCGAAGCUCUGGGGCUGAACAUUGUCGUGAAAGAAGAAGAUGGUGGUGUUACAGUGAAAGGAGAUGAAGACGUUUUCAGAAUUAAAAAGGAGGAAGAGGAGGAUGUUACAGUGAAAGAAGAGAAAGAACAUUUUGGGCCAGAAGAGGGGAUAAAGGCUGUCAUAGUGGAAGAAGAGGAGGUAGAAGCUUUCAGAAUGAAAAAGGAGGAAGAGGAAGAUGUCACAUUGAAAAAAGAGGAGGAGGAUGUUACAGUGAAAGAAGAGAAAGAACAAUUUGGAGUGAAAGAGGAAGAGGGGAUAGAGGCUGUCACAGUGGAAGAUGAGGAGGUAGAACCUUUCAGAAUUAAAAAGGAGGAAGAGGAAGCUGUCACAGUGGAAGAGGAGGUGGUAGAAGCUUCGAUAAUGAAAAGGGAGGAAGAGGAAGAUAUCACAUUGAAAAAAGAGGAGGAGGAUGUUAUAUUGAAAGAAGAGAGAGAACAUUUUGGAGUGAAAGAGGAAGAGUAUGCUAUCUCAAUAAAAGAGGAGAAGGAAGACGUUUUGGGAGCGAAAGAGGAUGAUGAUGAAGAGGAAGAAGAAGAAGGAGGAGGGGAGGAGGAGGAGGAGACAGAAGAUCUGAUUAACACCAGAGAGAGAACAGACUCUCAUUCUGAAAGCGGGACGAGUCCUUCAGAAGAACCUGACCGAGAGACGUCCAAACCAGCGAGACCACACCACUGCUCCCAGUGUGGAAAGAGAUUUAUCCGGAUAGGGCACCUGAAAGAACACAUGAAAACACACACAGGGGAGAAACCUUAUCACUGCUCCCAGUGUGGAAAGGGUUUUGGACAGUCAGGGCAUCUAAAGGUGCAUGAAAGAAGACACACUGGAGAGAAGCCAUAUCAAUGCUCCCAGUGUGAAAAGAAAUGUUUCUCACCAGGGGACCUGAAGUCACAUGAGAGAACACACACACAGUCUUUAGAGAGGCCUUUCCAAUGCGCUCAGUGUGGAAAGAGAUUUAUCCAGUCGUCGCAUCUGAAAGAGCAUGAAAGAAUACACACAGGAGAGAAGCCGUAUCAAUGCUCUCAGUGUGGAAAGGGUUUUAGAUACUCAGGGCAUUUAAAAGUGCAUGAAAGAACCCACACUGGAGAGAAGCCGUAUCAAUGCUCCCAGUGUCAAAAGGGUUUUUUCUCACCAGGGGACCUGAGAAAACAUGAGAGAACACAUUUAGUAGAUAGGCCUUUCCAAUGCUCUCAAUGUGGAAAGAGGUUUAUGCAGUCAUCACAUCUGAAAAAACACAAGAGAAUACACACAGGCGAACAACCAUUCCAAUGCUCUCAUUGUGGAAAAAGUUUUACCCGUUUAGGGAACUUGAAAACGCAUGAGAUGACACACACGGGAGAGAAGCCUUUCCACUGCUCCUUCUGUGGAAAACGUUUUACCCAUUUAGGGAACCUGAAAAUGCAUGAGAUGACACACACAGGAAAUAAGCCUUAUCACUGCUCCCAGUGUGGAAAAGGUUUUGGACACUCAGGGCAUUUAAAAGUGCAUGAAAGAACACACACUGGAGAGAAGCCGUAUCAAUGCUCCCAAUGUGAAAGUAAAUUUUUCUCAUCGGGGGACCUGAAAUCACACGAGAGAACACACACUGUAGAGAGGCCUUUCCAAUGCUCUCAGUGUGGAAAGAGUUUUACCCGGUUAGGGAAUCUGAAUAUGCAUUUGAGAACACACACAGGGGAGAAGCCAUACCACUGUUCAGACUGUGGAAAGAGAUUUAUCCAGCUAGGGGACCUGAAAUCACAUGAGCGGACACACACAGGAGAUAAGCCUUUCCAAUGCUCUCAGUGUGGAAAAAGUUUUGCCUGGUUAGGGAACUUGAAAAUGCAUGAGAGAAUACACACAGGAGAGAAGCCUUUCCACUGCUCCUUGUGCGGAAAGAGUUUUACCUUUUUAGGGACACUGAAAAAACAUGAGAUGACGCACACAGGAGAGAAGCCUUUCCAAUGCUCCCAAUGUGGAAAGAGUUUUACCCAGUUAGUGAACCUGAAAAGGCAUGAAGGAACACACACAGGAUAGAAUCCUUUCCAGUGUUCUCAUUGUGGAAAGACAUUUUCCCAGUCAGAGGACAUGAAAUCACAUGAGAGAAUAGUGGCUGUGUUCUGACUUAUAUAGUUUUGACAAACUUUUUGUGCUUUGGUUUAUGCCACAUUAAAUAAAAUUGUAAUGUAAGAAAAAAAAUAGGCUUUUACUUUUGUUCUUAGUUAAUUUUUUCUCUCAAAACAUGUUCACAUCUAAAAUUAGAAUAUAUUUUGCAUGUAUUUGAUUUUCAUUAUGAAUUGUUUUUGAUCAAUAUACACCCUUAUCAUUAUAUGAUUUGGAUAUUGUUAUUUAAAAAAUAAAAUAAAAAUGUCAUGAAUCAUUCAUGUUUUUUUCUUGAUUCUGAUCUUAACCUCUUGAAUUUAGUCGUUGUGUUUUUCAUUGAGUUCAUUUGUGUAGAUUAGUUAUUAUUAAGCUGUGUGAUAAUUAGAUGACGUUGUUCUGAUAACAUUGAUAAGUUGUUGACAUGAUAAAACAUUUACUACCUCAAUGUCCAUCAGAUAAAACACAGGUGCUGAUUUGUAAAAAUGAUUUGAUUAUUUCAACAUUUAACUGAAUAAAAGUAAACUGAUAUUUUU